UUCUAACAAGACCAGACUAGUGGCGGGAAUUGUGCUGCUUGUGUAAAAGCAACUCGCAUAUCAAACAGGAUGUUUGGGGGCUACCAAUGGGUCAACUGUGUGCGGUGGUCUCACUUUUGGUAAUUUUGUUUUGAAAUGGGGGAAACAAGGACUUUAUGUACACUGCAUGUGUCACAUUGAAUGCACUUCAUUCUUACUAUUGUAAUCCAGGUGAGGUCAGGCGGUCCCAAAAAUGACGCAGACGAGAAAAUGGAAGCAGGAAAGGGACAAACAGAAAAACAAGGAAGACAGAGCAGAAAGGAGGUGCAUGACAGUGAGACAGUGCCAAGAAAGAGGUUUCUGCUUGAAAGGGAGAUGAAGCAAAAAUUGGAAGAGGAAAACCAAAGCCUCAAAAAGGAGCUCACCGCAGAAAGGCAGCUUUGUAGGAAGCUACAAGAGGCGCUGCUCGAAAAGCAUGCUGCGAUGAGGAAUGCACUAAGCUCACCAGUCUUUACGCACGAAAUGCUGCAUGACCAACAUGAAUGUAUGGUUGAAGAGGCCACCACAGCUCCACGUAACAUAACCCCUCCAGAAUCAUCAGUUUUGUUGCCUUCGAGAGAGGACAGCAAGAUGUCAAAUGUUGAGAAACCACCACAGUCUGCAUGCUCCAGUGGAUCCGUCAGCACGACCAUUGUGUCGACCGACUCAAACAACUUGCCAGAUCCAUACCGGUCUCUUUGGAUGGUGAUGCUCCUUCCAGUCCAGUAAAAAACUCUCUGGCAAAUAGUAAACCCAGGAGCCCCAGUGUUCACGGCUCCCUGACCCCAUGUGAUGCUCCCACUAGCCCAACAUGUGAAUCCAUGGCAGCAUGUCCAUCUAACGCAUCAAGUGCCUCCAGUGUUCAGGGCUGCACAACCACGAUGAACUUGAGCCUUAUCAACAAGACCUCGGGACGUUCCAACUCUAGGAACAGGAUAUCGCGACCAUUCCUGGGAAGAUCCCUCAUUCAACGUGCCCCCACACGCCCUGACUUGGUAUUGACUGGAGAUGAGGUGACUCUUGAGGAUGGCAUAAAUGUCAACAAGGAACAUUUUGAAUACCUGCUUGACACCCCUAAGGACUCUCUGUUCUACCGCGACAUGGUGAGAGCUCUAUGGAGCGCAGAGCAGCUGGCAGAGAGAAGUCUAACAGGAGAAGCCUGCCGUCGGUUUCUAAAACAAGGCGCAGAGGGAAAGCGACGCCUCACCCCCAAAAAAUUGGAUGCCCUUGGAAAUGCCUACUGGGAGUACCUGAAAAGAAGAACGCCUCCAAGCGACUCAAAGGAGGAACGAUUUAAGAUGCUUCCUAGUUAUGUUCGUAACCUGCUGUCUGACAUCAACAGAAAAAAAUAAAAAAACGGCCUGGAGA